CGAACAGCCGAGCACAGCCAGGCAGCAGGCCAGCAGCGAACAGCAACGCAUCCACGUGGUUUCGCCCUGUCCCCAGCGCAAACACACACACACACACACACACGCGCACACACACACACACAUCCAACCAUCCAACAUCAACCUCAGCCAUGCCACGUCGUGGAGGUGGAGGAAGCAGUGGCGGGUUCGCUCGCACUCUCAUCCCCAAGAUGAAACAGAUUCAAGCCGAGCGCCCAGGGGCGCCUCUCACCGUGGAUGAGAUGGCAAUGACGCUCAAAUCGAGAUUCAGGUGGGCGUUCAGGCUGCUGCAGAAGGACAAGCAGAAGGCAAAGAAGGCUGCCGCUGCCGCCCAGCAGGCGGGCGUCGAAGACGCUGCUGUAGUCGUGGACGCCGAUGGCGAGGGAGAUGACGACUUUGACACAUCCGACCUGCAGCCCAGCAAGCGGUCACGCCUGACGUCGACGGGCCCGUCAUCACCGAGUGCCGACACGCCAUCCACCACCGACGAUCGCGCGCGAAAGAAAAAGUCGAAAUCGGCCGCGCGGCAGCUUAUGGACAGCAUCAGCCAGCUCAGCGAUCCAAACGCCCGCAAAAAGAAAGUGUUUCCGGUGGAGCAGUCCUCGACAACGCUGGAAGAUCUUGGUGGCCUCGACCACACCAUAUCCGUUGUGCGAUCAACAAUGGACGCGACGUUCAGGGGUGCGUACAUGUUCAAGCAUCUCGGCUUUGAGCCCCCAAAGGGGCUGCUCCUCCACGGGCCCCCAGGCUGCGGCAAGACGCUGCUUGCCUCCGCCAUUGCUGGGGAAUGGGAAGUGCCGUUUAUCAAGGUGUCUGCGCCCGAGUUGAUUGGCGGCACUUCUGGCGAUUCGGAGCAGUUUAUUCGCGACCUCUUUGAACAGGCGAUUGCGAUUGCGCAACGGGACAAGCGGGGCUGUAUUGUCUUUCUCGAUGAAAUCGACACCAUCACCUCGAAGCGAGAGAAUGCGCAGCGAGAAAUGGAGCGAAGAAUUGUUGCGCAACUGAUGACGACCAUGGACAACCUCUCCCUUGAAAACACGGGCGGCAGCCCCGUUCUCGUCAUCGGCGCAACCACGCGACCAGAUGCACUUGAUCCGGCCAUUCGCCGUACGGGUCGCUUCGACACAGAGGUUGCCCUCUCGGUCCCAGAUAUUGACGCGCGCGCGCACAUCCUCGCUGUCAUCUGCCGAAACAAACGCAUCGAUGCCGGGGUGGACUUUGCCAAUCUUGCCAAGCGCACUCCUGGGUUUGUGGGCGCGGAUCUGAUGUCGCUCGCGAACCAGGCGUGUCUCAACGCUGUGCUCACUGCACUUGCGGCACAGGAUAGCGGUGAUAGUGAUGGCAAUGGUGAUGGUGAUGGUGUGGUGGCGGCGGAGACGAAGAAGGGGGUCAAGGAGGAAGCAGCCAGCAAUAGCGUUGGUGGCGCUGAUGCGAUGGUGAAAGCGGAGAUGAAGGAGGAGGCAAGUGCUGCGCGCAGUGAUGCUGGUGCUGGUGCUGGUGUGGGCUCCACCAUAGACACAAACGCAGACACAACAGCAGACACAGCGGCAGACACAACGGCAGACAGAGCAGCAGACACAGCAGGACCCAAGCAGGAAGCAGCGGGUGAUGGUGACGGUGAUGGCCAGGAUCUGUCUGUGGUGAUUGACGAGUCGAUGGAUGCUGAACCAACCAUUGAGACCAUCACGCUGGAUGACGUGACCGAGGACACGGCUGCCCAGUUUAUGGAAUUGCAGCACCUUCAGUAUCUCUCCGUCACAACAGCAGACUUUGAGGCAGCCCUCAAGAGAGUGCAGCCGUCUGCGACGCGUGAAGGGUUCGCCACAACGCCGUCCGUCACCUGGGACGAUGUUGGCGCAUUGGGCGGCCCGCGCAGGGAGCUUGAGGAGGCCAUCAAGUUCCCGCUGCAAGCGCCAGAGCUGUGUGCGAGCGUUGGCAUCCGCAAGCCACCGGGCGUGCUGCUCUAUGGCCCACCUGGCUGCGGCAAGACGCUGCUUGCCAAGGCGCUCGCCAACAGCUGCAACGCAAACUUCAUCUCCAUCAAGGGCCCCGAGCUGAUGAACAAGUUUGUUGGUGAGAGCGAGCGCGCAGUGCGACAGCUGUUCACCCGCGCAAAGACGUCGUCGCCGUGUGUUGUCUUCUUUGAUGAGCUCGACGCACUCUGCCCUCGCCGCGGCGAUGCGUCGAGUUCGCGUGUGUCAGAACGGAUCGUCAACCAGCUCCUCGUGGAGCUGGACGGGUUUGACUCUGGCGAGGAGAAGAUCUUCGUGAUUGGUGCCACGAACCGCAUCGACAUUAUCGACCCGGCAAUGCUGCGACCAGGACGCCUCGAGAAGCUUGUGUACGUCGACUUGCCCGACCAGCACGCGCGCGCAGAGAUUUUCAAGACGCAGGCGCGCAACAUCAGCCUUGCCCCCGACGUCGACCUCACAGCUGUGGCGGCAGAUAGCAGGUGCCAGCAGUACACCGGUGCAGAUUCUGCUGCUCUCCUGCGCGAAGCAGGAAACGCCGCAAUCUGGCGCCUCCUUCAAGAAAACAACCAGGACUUUGACAAGACGGCAGCGAUGCGCCCCGCCAUUUCCACAGCAGAUUUGGAGGUCGCAAUGCGCAAGGUGAAGCCGUCUGUGUCGAAGCGCGACCUUGCCCGCUACCGCCGCGUCGCCGAUGAGUUCAGUCUUCGCGAGAGCAGCGCAUCGCGACAGCACAAGGAUGCAGACGCAGAGUAGCUAGGCUCACGUACGUGUGUGUGUGUGUGUGUCUGUGUGUAUCUGUGUGUGUCUGUGUGUGUCUGUGUGUGUGUGUGUGUGUCUGUCUGUCUGUGAGUGUGUGUUUGUGAUCGCCUCUCCCGUUUUCAAUCGCUCGCUCUGUUCAGGUGUCUGCACGUUGUGUGCGGUUCUGUUACAUGGUUUUGUUCUUUGGUGCUCGAUAGUCGCUGGCUGGCCUAUGCGUCAUCUCGACUCGGCUCAAACAAUUACACCCACACUAUCGCC